CCAGGUGCGCGAUGCCGCGGCCAAGAGUGCCUCAGCCCUUCUGAGCGCCGCGGCGCCGGAGCUGUUCAUUGAUGGCGAGCCCAGUGCAGCAGUUGAAGGAUCCAGUGGAUGUUCCCAACAGCCGUCCCAAAGCUCCAACGACUUUGCAAGGCGCCUCAUUCGACAGUUUGCUCGUGGGAAGUCCUUCCGCAACCGGAUGUUGUACAUCCGUAUGUGCGACUCAAUCAUCCGAGAAGCGCCUCUGCACGUCUUUACGGAAUUUUUCAUGCGACCUUUACUAUGGUUGACCUUGGACCCGGUGAAGAAUGUGCGGCUCUGUUGGGCCACAGUGAUUCUACCACACCUGCGAAAGGUGGGGCGAUUGGGUCAACAACGGAUGGUUCUGGCAGCGGCGGUGCGGCUGCGAAGCACGCUGGAUCGCGAGGUGCACCGGGUGUUGGAGGAAGCCAAAUUGCCAGAUGUCUCUGAAGCAGAGAUAGCAGAACUUCCAGAUCCAGAGACUGACCUCGAUGAUUCCGACGGCGGUGACAUGACUGGCCAAGAAGGUGAAACUGGAAGCAGUUCUGAGUGCGGCAACGUCCAGGUGAGAGAAGCCUCGGACCAGAACGAACUCCUUAAGGCCCCCGAACUCGCCAAGAAACGAUUGGAGGAGCUGGCAAAGAAAGCUGGGCUGCGGGAUACACAGGAAAUCAGAUCUGUAGUCAAAAAGCUCACCGUGGAGAUUGUCGAGGCCUGGCAGAGAAAUCGAGCUGCCAAGCUGCGUGGACAGGUGGAUUGUGGUCAAAUCCAGCGUGCAAAGGCAGACCCUUCGGUGGUGGGUUUUCUGCCUGUGGGCGUCAGCAAGCAACGAGGGAGGCUUGGUCAAAUGGUCUCGCCCUUUAUGCUUUUCACGCCCAAGGACCUCCAGUCCUUUGCCACUGAAACGGGAUCUGCUGGGGGAAAAUUGUUGCCAGAACGACCAUUGGAACUGGUUUGGCAGGCAGCAAAGAUCAAGAAGUCGGAAGUAGGAUCUGAUGGCCUUCCUACCGAUGCAUAUUUUCAGAGGAGAAGUGCCAUCUACCACAAGGGCCAAGUCCAACGUCGCUACAUUCCCACCGAAGAGAUUGGGGGCGCCAUCCUGUCAUAUCGAACACAGGCUCCCGUGAAGUACAUCGAGUCCCGGAAAUUUUAUUGCUGUGCAUAUACCAAAGCUGUUGUGGAGACGGAAUCCUACCAGUUUCUGCAACAUCUUUGCCAGGAUGGUUUCAAUCUACUCCUCCUUGGACCAGAUGGUCAUUCGUGCUUGGAGCGGGAGCGACCGAUGGACGAGAGUGAAGUGAAGCAGGCGCUGUGCGAUGCCUACAACGAUCCCAGCAAACAAUUUGGACACGAGCGGGUUUUGUUGGCGAUGCUGACACAGCAGUGUCCAUGGGCAGAUGCCCCAGAUCCCACUGGCGAAUUGGCUUUGUGCCCCUGA